AUAUGAGAAUUUGAUGCAGAUCAACUUGGAAGCAUCAGAAGUGGAUGAAAUUUCAGAGAUACACACAAAACUGUUGCGUCUCUCCAGCUCUCAAGGCACAAUAGAAACUAGUCUUCAAGAUAUCAAAACCAAACUUUCUCCUGGUGGUUUACUGGCUGACACCUGGGCAAAUCAGGAAGGCAUGCAUCCAAAAGACAGAAAUCCAGAAAGGCUGCAGGCGCUGCUAUGUUCCAUCACAGAUAUUUAUUACCAGUUCAAAAAAGACAAAGCAGAACGAAGGCUUCCUUAUAAUGAAGAACAAAUUCACAAGUUUGACAAGCAGAAGCUGUAUUUGCAUGCUACAAAAGCCAUCGUUCUAUUCAAAGAUGAAUGUGUCAGCAAGUAUGAUACAUUUUUGGACAAGGCUGAGGACUGGACAAGGAAGAUGCUUCACACAAGGAAGCAGUUGCUGGCUCUCACCAACCAGUGUUUUGAUAUUGAAGAAGAGGUAUCCAAAUACCAGGACUAUAUAAAUGAGUUACAAGAUGCUCUGCCGCAGAAAAUGUUUGCAGCUUCCAGUGGGAUGAAACAUACAAUGAAUACAGUCUACCCAAGCUCAAACACAUUAGUGGAAAUGACUCUUGGUAUGAAGAAACUAAAGGAGGAAAUGGAAGGGGUUGUUAAAGAGCUGGCUGAGAACAAUCACAUUUUGGAAAGAUUUGGUGCUUUGACUAUGGAUGGUGGCCUGCGGAACGUGGACUGUAUCUAGCUUUCAACGGAGCUGAAGAGGACUUGUAAAUUUUUUCAAAGGGAAAAAAAUGCUGUUGGGACAUUUAAAGGCAGAUAAUAAAUCUGUAUCCAGGUUUUUUUUCCCCUCUACAACUGUAGUAUUAAAAAAAUGUAAAUAUGUAUAAUAUGUAAAUAGAAAAGAAAUAUAUAUCUUUUUUUGGCCAAUGUUAGAAUAGAAUUACUCCUGGCAGGGAAUUUAGCCCCUUGAAGGAUCUCUGGUGAAGUCCUAAAGGCAAAAGUGUUAUUGAUGAAAUCGACAU